GCAAGUGGCAACACUGGUUUGAUAUUCUUUUUUUAGGUGUUAGGUAUUUGCUACUUGCUAAAAAAUCAAAACGUUUAAAAAUUUGCAUUCAAUUCAAUUGAAAAUCAUUUAAUUGCAUUUAAAAUAGUGAAUAAGUUCAUGUUAAUAUUGUGCAAAUGGUAUUCCAUGAUGAAAAUAUAACAAUUUUUUAAAUUGCGUGCAAAGUUAUUGUUGAGGUUAGAAAAUAAUUUGGUUAAGAACCUUCAAAUAUGGACGAAGAACCUUCAAGCCCUAUUAUAAAACUUCGUAGCCUACUUCUGGAUAAGUCUUUCAAUAACAAAACUUCUAUCACCUGCACAGAUGUUCCAGAAGGGUUAUUUGAAAAUAAAGCUGCAGAGAAGCAUUUCAGUAAGUUUGGGCGAGUCCUGAGGAUCCGUCUGUUGCCCAAGAAGCGCAUGUGUGUAGUGGAAUAUGAGCAGCAGGCUUCAGCAGAACGAGCUGUGCUCAAUGCAGGGGCUUUUGAUGGGUUCAUGUUUGAUGUUACUCGUGCAAAGCCUAGGGUGAGAAGAAAAAGCAAAAGGGAUGAUGAUCCAGAUUGGCUACCAGAUCCUGAGGUGAAAGCAGAAUUAUCUGCUAUGGUUGGAGCCCCAUCAUAUCGAAUUACUAGGCAAAAACCAAUGGAUCUUGAAGUGUCACCAAGAAGACCACCGGUGGAGUUCAAAUCACCAAUCAGAAAAAAGACUAUAAUAACUACACCUAAAAAAGUUAUACCACCUAAAUCGCAACCUGUCAGUGGCAGAGAAUCACCCAUACUGGUCACAACAGUACCAACAAGUCUAAGCACCACAGAAGCAGCGGUUGAGCUGCAUAAACUCCGAACCAGGAUAUCCUCGACUCCUGAUGAGAAGUGGAGGACUUUGGAUGCAAGGGACAAAUUGCUAAGAGCAUGGGGAGGAGCAGGCUCCAGAGUGAAAGUUGGUGGCGCCACCAUCGGAACUUGCCCUGACAUGUGUCCCGAAAAAGAACGAUUGCACAGACAAGCAGAACAUCAGGUCAUGACAUUAGAAACAAUCAUUGACUCGGAUGGGUUGCUAGAGCCGUGGCGUGCGGUCAAACAGUACAGCCGCAGCUCAGCCGACCAGGAGAUUCCGAUGUGCUACGAGCUGCGACCGGCCAGCGUGCUCAUGCGCACCUGUGCGUACUUGCUGCACGAGAUUGCUGACACUACGCGCCAGGUGACGUUGGCGGACUGGUUUCAUUUCAUGUGGGAUCGAUUUCGAGGGAUUCGGAAAGACAUUACACAGCAGGCUCUGUGCUGUGCAGAGUCCAUACGCCUGGUCGAGAUUUGCGCUCGGUUUCACGCGCACUGCGCCGCGCGCCUUGCGCACCUCGAGCACACACAGUUCGACCAGAAACUGAACACUGACAACCUCACCAAGUGUCUGCAGACCCUCAAACACAUGUACACAGACGUUGGACCUGAAUAUAAGCCCAACGAGGCUGAGUUCCGAGGCUACAUCGCGCUACUGAACCUUGGAGACGCGAACUUCUUGUGGGAGAUUAAACAUUUGCCUCAGCACAUCCAAAAAUCUCAGCCUAUCGUGUUCGCCAUUCAAAUAUACAGCACAUUGGAUAGCAACAAUUACGUCAAGUUCUUUCGUCUGAUUCGAGAAAAGGCUACGUAUCUUCAGGCAUGUAUUCUUCUGCGAUAUUUCAACGACGUGCGGGCACGAGGGCUGGCGAGGAUUGUGAAAGCAUAUGCACCCAGAGGAGGUUCCCGAUAUCCUGCAGAAGAUUUAAUGAACAUCCUAGCCUUCGAAACGGUCGAAAGUAUGAAGACAUUUGUUGAUCAUUAUGGCCUACGAUUUUCCAAAACCGAUACAGAGCUCACCGUCAUUCUCAAUAGAAACAACUUUAUCGAAGACAGUGAUCCAUAUCCCCUUUCUAGAGCCAUCAAUCUGAUAGAAUCUAAGAGGCAAUGUACUGUUGGCGAAGUCAUUUCAGGUGGCCAACUCCCGUACUAUAACUAUGAAGAACAUAAUCUUUAUACAAGUUUCAAUAGUGAUGGAAGAUUAAAAGAAACCGCUUUAAUUGCUGAAGAUUUAGGUUAUAAUACGCUAAAUGAUAGCAACAAAGACGUGCGGGCAUUAAAAUUAGAAUUGCAAAAAUUAUUGCAAGGAAGAAGCUUUGAAAAUACAGAUAGAGUAGCAGAACCGCCUAAAAAUAUUAUAAAGUCGGAAAUUAAACAAAGGAAAGAACUUAACAUAUUUAUUAAGAACACAAAUGUGACACCUGAGAAUAAACGAUUUUCGUUCCAACCAGCUACACCAGUUGCACCAGCAGAAGUAAUAACAAAUUCUCCUGAAAAAGUAUUGGAGGAGAGUUCAAAGAAUAAAUUCACGUUUUCUAAGCCACAGGACACUGAAGCAAACGUAUUCGCGAAAAGCCUGAUGGGUAAUUUGUUUAGUAGUAAAGUAAAACCUUUUAUUGACCCUAAAACAAAUUCAGAUAGUAAAAAUGUUUUUACUAAUGCAAAUCAAAAUACCAAUGUGUUCAACAGUUUAAAAGAGGGGUUAAAAAGUAAUGAACCCGGUAAUGUAUUUAAAAAGGCUUCGGUCGCAAAGAUAAUAUUUGGUCAGCAAAAUGAUAAAUUGCAAGAGAUAAAGACAGGAGAUAUUAACAAGAACAUUUUUGCAAGCACUAACACAAAUUUACUUACCCAAACUGAAGGUGUUAGUAAGAACAUAUUUUCUAAGCCAGCAAACAAUUUAUUUAACUCUCACAGUUCAGAAAAAAGUGCUAACAUAUUCGCAAAACCACAAGAAUCGAUUCAGCCGUCUAGUAUCUUUGGAGCCCAUGAAAAACCUCAGUCAUAUAUAGAUCCACAAACUAUUUUUAAGUCAGAGAUCAAUAAUAAAAAUGUAUCCAAUGGUGAUAGAGCAGCAAUGUCACCAGGCAGCUUAUUCAAAAGCGCAAAUCAACCUACUGGUGAUACAACAACAAUGUCACCAGGCAGCUUAUUCAAGAGCGCAAAUCAACCUGCAUUUGAGACAAAUUACACAAUUUUUCAAGCAAAAAAUAAAGCACAAUCAGUGGCUGACAGUAUUUUCAAUUCUGUCCGAUCAAAACACGAUGUCUACGAAUUUGAUGGCAAUGAAAAUAACGUUAUACCGGGUGUUGGUGAACAAGAUAUUCAAGAGCAAGAAAGAAAACGCCAAGAGGACGAGGAAAGAAAACGCCAAGAACAGGAAAGAAAACGCCAGGAAGAAGAAAGAAAACAUCAAGAAGAAAUAAGAAGACUAGAAUUGAAAAGAAAAGAGGAAGAACAACGCAAACAAGAGGCACUUAGAUUAGAAGAACAAAGAAAGAUUGAAGAGAGGCGCAAAAAAGAAGAACAGAAAAGGCAAGAAGAAUUACGAAAAAAGUUGGAGGAAGAAAGAAGAUUGGAACUAAAACGACAGGCAGAGGAGCAGGAAAGACUGUUUAAGGAAAGAGUAGAAACAGAAUCCUUAGAACUUAUAAAUGAACUUGUUAGUGAAAUCAGCGAUGAAACAAUUAAUGUUCUUUUAAAUGAAGAACUCGACCGUUUUAGGAGUCUAAUUUCAUGUGCUAAGGAAAUAAGUGAGGAUCUUUGCAGCGAGUUAAUUAAUGAAAUUAGUGAAUCUGAAAUGAAAGCUGAAAUAUUUAGAACUAAGAAAGUUACGAUGAGAUUCUAUCAUAUUUGGAGAAAUCAAUUCAUUAGAAACUUGAAAAGGCGUAGGUUGUUAGAAGAUACGCCGGUUUGGUUACCAGAUAAUACUCCUCAGUUAGAAGCUAGAUUUCUCAGACGCCCAACUGAAGAAGCUGCCUUGCGUAAUAUGAAUGCAAUUCAUAGAGGGUAUAGAUUUGUUGGAGAAUUAAAAGCAAUACCCCCGCCAAAGCCGUAUAAUAUUGUAGAUUUGAUAAGAUCACCUCUUUUAAAACGUAUGAAGCAAAUUGAGUAUCCAUAUGAUAAAUGUUUCUUUUGGAAAGUGGCUUUAGUGACGCCGAGCACUACAAAAUGGCUUUAUAGGAAAAUUAAUAUUGAAAAAUGGAUUCAUGAUGCUCUGAGCGACAAUAAACAUCAUGAAACUAGUGACACGCUCAUUCAUGUAGGAAAACAAUCUUGGAAUAAUUUAAUAGACUUUGCUGUUUCAGUUAGUUUAAUUAAAAGUGAAGAUUUCAGUGUUGCCAAUGAAGCGUUAAAUGGUGCAAACGGUGUCAUAUUUUAUGGUACUGAAAAUGAUAAUAAUCAUAUUGAAGUAAUAGAACAGACUUUAAGACAUAAGUACCAAUAUCAAGUUGUUCCAAUUGCAGUGAUUAUGGCAGAAUCUCAUGAACAACAAAAAAAACUGAAUGAGAAGUUACUAUUAUUUAAAAAUAAUAAUAUUAUAUCAGACUAUAAAAUUUACACUGUUGAACACGAAAAUAUUGAGCAUUCGAUUAAUUCCUGCACGAAAAGUGCGAUAAAAUGGCUUGCGAGAAAUUCUCCUAAACCUCCAAGUCUCGAAAUAGAUUAUCUAAAAUCAAUUUGUCAACGGUAUCUCGGUAAUGAAAUAUGGCAUAAAUUAAAAUCUGAAAAUGACCAAAGAAUAGGAACUGUUCUCAAAAGUUUACAUAAAUUAGUAGCUUGCUACAAUGCAGCUGUUGAUAAGUUAACCCAAGUGAUAACAAACGAGGACCUUUUUAAUUACCCCUCUUUUCCAUUAGAAUUCAAUCAAUAUUUAGAUCACACGUCGCCAUACCCGAAGCCAUACGAAUUCAUACCCAGCAAUGUCAAACAAUCCGAUAACACAACUGCCAUUAUUAACAUUAUGCAAAAGCUUAAACUUGCAAACCCUGAUAGCGUUUUUCAUCCCAAGAGUAUAUCGAAUAUGCAAGAGCAGAUUCGUAAAUACUGCAACCAGAUAGGUUGGUUUUCAGACCCUGAAGAAGUGGUUUGCAAAGUUGUUGCCCUUUUACCCAACAAUCUAGCUGAUACAAAUAUGCCCAGUGAUCAAUUUAGCCAAUGUUUCCAAGAGUAUAAUCUGAUAGAUUUGUUGAAUAUUAUAGUAUAUGAGAAAAUAAACAGCUUGAGCAAUUUCGAAAACAGAUUUGCCAUGUAUGAAAAGCCUGUUUUAGACGAAUAUCGCAAUAUUCAUUGGUUGUUUGAAGUUGAUGUUUAUUCAAAAGCAAAACAUAAAAUUUUGGAAUACGAAGAUGAAUUAGAUUAUUUCAUAGAAGCAAAACGCCGCAGGUUAGACGAAUCUCAUGAAUACCUCAUGCUCGAAGAAAAAGAUUGUACAAUGGUAGAACAGACUAUACAAAGGGCAGAAAGAAAUAUCUCUACAUUUGACUCUUGUAAGGAUGCUGUAUCACAACUAGAACAGCAAUUAAAUGAGAAGAAAAAGAGAUCUGAUGAACUUGAGAAUUUACUCAGAGCAGCACUUUCUAAUGUAUAAUGUUUCUGAAGCAUACUAUUUUAUGGUCAGUGAUUAUAAUUUGUAAUGAAUGAUUACUUCCUAUCUAUAGUGUGUUAAAAUAUAUAAUUUUGUGGUCAGUGAAUUUUAAUGAAUGUAUUUAAUAGCAUGAAUUUUAAAUCAACUGUGUGACAGUUGAUUUAAAAAUUUAAUAAAUUUUUAAUAAGUA